AUGUCCCUUCAGACUUUAGAUAAGAUACCAUACACGAUUCUUGGUUAUGCGAAUGGGCCUUCAGCCGAAGUCAACGCACCACGCAAGGAUCUGUCCAAAGUCGAUACUGAGGCGAACGACUUCAGGCAGCAGAGCCUAGUUCCAGUGGACUCCGAAACUCAUGGAGGAGAGGAUGUGCCAAUCUAUGCCGUAGGACCCUUUUCGUUUGUCUUUCAUAGAAGCCGUGACAACACGUUCAUAGCUCAUGCCAUCAGCGCAGCUCUCUGCAUCGGACCAUUUAAGCCACUGCAACACUGCAACCAUGGAAACACCUGCACGUCCAACUUGGCAAUCAUUGCUUUGUUGACUUUAAUGAGUAUUAUCUAUAGGCAAAGAUGGGAUGACGCCUAA